UUGCUUUCCCAGAAAUCCAUUUAUCAUUCAUUUCCCCUAACACUUUACAAGUAAAGAACACCAAUGGGAGGUGAAUAUCGGACGGACGUAGAGCUGCCUUCUCUGGAAACACCAAACAUUGAAGCAUCCCCAUCACGGCCAUCUGCGACCGUGGGAAUGGAACCUGCGCCUGGGAAAAUUCAAACGAAACCAGAAAGUCCCAUUGCACCAGAGAAUUGGAUAGAUCAAAUAUUAGGUGGGAUGGAGUCUAAUUUCUCUGCGACAGAAAAUGGGGGUGCGGAAGCGACAAAUGUCACAAACGAAACCGUUGAGGAUCUGGCCGCAUUCUUGCGAGAAGGACCGCAAGAUCUUGCGGACACCGACCAAAAGUUUAACGGGGGAAAUGCUGCUCUGGAAGAUACGCAUGCUUCUACGCAAACCCUGGAAGACAAGGAGAUCGUUCCGCAGACUUUGGAGAACAGCGUGGUCCAAUUAGAUGGGCUCGCGGCGCUGGAAGCCGAGACAAUAGUGGAGGACGGAUUAACAGUCGUAACAACAGAGGACGUCUGUCUAUCAGCUGUAGAUUCUGUGGCAUCAUCCAUAAAGUCAAGCGAACCGCAACCGGGAGAGGGGUUAUUUAAGGUUGACACUCGGCCGGCUCUGGGUAAUGUCUCAGCGGACUAUGGCGAAGAGCGAGGAAAUAAGGAUGAGUGGAAUUGGAUCAGUGACGAUGAAAAGCUAGGCGAAAAAGACAUAAAGGAGCAACCUAGAGAGCGUCUGCCAACGGGAUUAGGUGUUGGAGAAAUGGAAGAAAUCAGCGAGGAUGAGGAGCAGGAAGAAAACAUAGAUCAACCGUCGACCAUAUUGUCGAAAACUGUGGAAACUACCAUUAAGCCGGUUCCUGAGAGCGAAAGAAGCGUCGCCACUGAUGUAUCAUCCAUUUCAACGAAAAUCGAAACCGCGUCUGACACUGCCCUUGAAAUCAAAAGCGAGAAGAUUGAGCUAGUAGAAAAAUUGGAAUCCGUGAUCGAACCGGCUCUUGAGGUCAAAGAGGAGAGCAAAUACGAAGGGGACGCAGAUGAGGGAGAAGGAAGUGACUUUGAAUUCAGUGAUGAAGACACAUCAUCAGAUGAAGAAGUUGAACCCACGUUGAGUCUUCAGGAAAGAGAACGUCGUUUGGUCGCCAUGGAUGAAAACGGUGGCGAUGAUGAUGACCAACCCUCCGCUACCCGUCUUCGCACAAAAAACGAGCUCGCCGCACUCCCAAAAAUAGAGCCCAUAACAGAACCGAUACCGCAAGAUGCUUCGCUUCGCUCCAUUGGUACCAUCCAUUCCACUGUUGAUGACCUCCUUGUUAUCCAAUCACCACCUACAGACAAUACCGAUCGCGUCUUGGACGCAGAUACCAUUGUUCUGUUCUCGGACAGAACGCCGUUGGGAAGGAUCUUUGAGACUUUUGGACCGGUGACAAAGCCGCUUUACAGCAUUAGAUUCAAUUCAGUCGAGGAGGUGCAGGCGAUGCUGGAGAAGAGUGGAACGGGAACAGAAGUGUUUGUUGCUGAAGGAUUGGAAAAAGUGGUGUUUACUAGGGUUUUGAAAGCAUACAAGGGCAGUGAUGCUUCUAAUAUCCACGACGAGGAAGUUGGUGAAGAGGAGAUGGAGUUUUCCGACGACGAACAAGAAGCAGAGUUUAAACGUCAACUCAAGUUGAAGCGGAAGCGAGCUGCAAAUACACAGGUGGACGGAAAUACCGGUUCUCCGGGACCAGCGGACCAGGCACUUAUGGAUAAUGCGGAGUAUCAGAUUCUUCAGCGCCCUCGCGGCCAGCAGCAGGCGCGAGGCCGAUCACCUCAAAUGUCAAAUUACAACAAUCGGUACCCUAAUUCUGGCGGUUCGCACUCUCAUACAAGUUUGAACGACGGGUUCAGACGAGGCCGGGGCAGUCAUGACGGCGGUUUCAGAGGCCACCAUCAACGAGGGGGACGAGGCGGACGGGGUCGCGGAGGAUAUCAACAGUCACGAGGAGGAUAUGCUCAGUCACAUCCAUUUCAACAACAAGGUUACCCACAACAAUAUCCAUCUCAAGCUUUCCCACCAUACCCUCCCAACCCGAUCCCCAACCAGCAGCAGCAGCAACUGGCGCUCGCUGCGCUGAGCUUGCUCAACGCAAAUAAUCCGGCGAUGCAGAAUAUGGGAAUGAUGGGCGGGUUUGAUAUUUCCAGCAUGAUGGGAAUGAUGCAAGGGGUGUUGCAACAGCAACAGCAACAGCAGGGAAGUGGAACUGGUCAAAACCAAGGGCAGUCACAAGAACAGCAGCAAACGCAGCCGGGUGGGUACGGAUACGAUCCGAGAUUGAAUGGUGGAGGUUUGUAAAGAUGCAGGUGGUUUAUGUAGAUAAGUAAUAGUUAUCGUAUAUAUUGUAUUAAUGGUAGAACGCGAAAGAGGUUACUAUUUUGUUGCUGCCGGUGAUCCCCUUGUUUAGCA